AUGGCAAGAUCCGAAUAUGAUCGAGGUAUCAACACCUUCUCCCCCGAAGGCCGCCUGUUCCAAGUCGAAUACUCCCUCGAGGCCAUCAAGCUCGGCAGCACGGCCAUCGGCGUCGCCACGGCCGACGGCGUCAUCCUCGGCGUCGAGAAGCGCGUCACGUCGACCCUCCUCGAGACCUCGUCGGUCGAGAAGAUUGUCGAGAUCGACCGCCACAUCGGCUGCGCCAUGUCCGGCCUCCAGGCCGACGCCCGCUCCAUGGUCGAGCACGCCCGCGUCGAGUCCCAGUCCCACACGUUCAACUAUGCCGAACCCCUGCGCGUCGAGUCGGCCACCCAGGCCAUCUGCGACCUCGCCCUGCGCUUCGGCGAGGGCGCCGACGGCGAGGAGACCAUCAUGAGCCGGCCUUUCGGCGUCGCGCUGCUCAUCGCCGGCUACGACGAGGACGGCCCCCAGCUGUACCACGCCGAGCCCAGCGCCACCUUUUACCGCUAUGACGCCAAGGCCAUCGGUUCUGGCUCCGAGGGUGCGCAGGCCGAGCUGCAGAAUGAAUACCACAAGUCCCUCACCAUCGAGGAUGCCGAGACCCUCGUCCUCAAGACGCUGAAGCAGGUGAUGGAGGAGAAGCUUGACUCGAAGAACGUCCAGUUGGCGAGCGUGACGAAGGAGAAGGGUUUCAGAAUAUACACUGACGAAGAGAUGGCCGCCGUCGUCGAGCGACUUCCGGCGAACUGA